CCCAUUUCCACUAAGCUUUUCUGUGACUGGUUGUGACCAAUAUACAGUAUUUACAGCACUAUAUAAUCCAACGUGUCCAGCGUGGGAACACAGCUUCACUGUUUCUUCCAUACAAGGAAUUCUUAUAAUGGAAAGGAUAUAUUAUAUCACACAAGUUGCUGUUGGCCUUUUAAUCUGCUUCUCUGUGGUGUCAGCUCAAGGUGAAGGAAGCUGUGUUGGGAGAUGUGGUGAAGGGUAUUUUCGAGGGCAUUCUUGCCAUUGUGAUUAUAACUGUAUGUCUUAUAUGGAAUGCUGCCGGGACUUCAAGGCAGUGUGCACAACAGAAAACUCCUGCCGUGGAAGAUGCCAUGAAGGCUUCAUAAGGGGACAGGCGUGUGAUUGCGACCCCAACUGUUUGAAUUAUGGCAAGUGCUGUCCAGACUAUGAUUCUAUCUGUGCUAAACCAAUUCAGAGACGCUCGCCUGCCCCACGACCCCCUGAAGAGAGAGGUAAUCUACCUGAUAAGGAACAAGAUACUGAGAAGGAACAAGAUAAAGUGCCACAAGAUACAGAUCAGAGAAAUGGAGAUCUGCCAAGGAAAGUACCUAAAAAGCCUACUAAAAACAAAAUUGGUGACAAAAUAGAUGGUUCUGAUCAGCAGCCAAAAGAGCCUGACCAGGACUCAACAACACCACCCCCAAACGUCAUAACCCCACAACCAGUGAAAGAGAAAAAGCAACCACCUAAAAAACCUAAAAUCCCAAAGAAGAAACCCAAGAAACUUGUAGAGACAGAGGAGGACAUUGAAGAAACAGAGGAAAAUGAGACAUCAUCUAUGUUUUCUACUACUCGGACGAAGGGGACCACAAUAAAACGAACUAGAAAAGACCCAAAGAAAAAGAAGCCAAAAGAUAAAAAAUUGAAUCCAAAGGCAAAUGCAACAGAACCAAUUAAAGAAAGUUUCACUCCUUCUUUACCGCCACCUCCUGACAAUAAUGAAAAUGCACUAAUGACACCCCAAACUCCACGUGUUGGUGAUGAUAUUGAAGAUCCAAAUGGCUCAAAGGAAGAUUCUACUGAUAACCCACCCUCAUCAACUACUCCAAAGACUGCAAAGAAACGGUCUCCACCUAAGACAAACAAAAAAGAGAUAAAUAAAAAUCAAGAGAAAGAUGAGCUAACGAAGCAAAGCAAUAAAAAGAAACCUUCACCUGAAGAUAUAAAAGGAAAAGAGAAGACUAAUCCCAAGGGGGAAAAGAAAGAUCCUUCUAAGGGCCCAGAUACAUCAGAAAAAAAGCAGAUAAAGAAACCAGUCUCCAGAGGUCCAAGGAAGAGAAUAAUAAAAAAUUUUUUGGAAGAUGAUACAGAAGAACCAUCAAAAAUAGUCAACAAAAAGAAACCUCCACCUAAAGACAUCAAUAGAAAAAAGAAGGUUGAUUCAAAGGAAGAAAGACAAGAAAUUGUGGAAAGCGAGUUCACAAAUUCUUCUCAAUCAUCAUCUUCCCGUCGCAGAAGCAAAUCAACGACCAGACGGAUGUCUGAAAAUAAUAAAGAUGUCAAGAAUAAAAAUAACAAAAAGAUUCCUGAUGUAAAGCCUUUAAUACCCCCAAAGAGAAAAAAGGACAAGGACUUUCUUCGAACACCUGAACCAACUCCUAGAGAUGAAGGCUCUGGAGAUGAUGGGAGUGGAAUGGUCUUUCUGCAGACAACCCCAUCAACUACUUCUCUACCUACUUCAUUACCAAAAGAAACCUUUUAUAGCACAGAAACACCUAAACCUCUAUCUACAGAUGAACAUUCCUUGAAAACUACCCCUGUGAUGAACAUUUUUACUGACCUUUCAAGCGCUUCUACGGAUAAAACGAAAGAACCUUUCAAGCAAACAGAAAAUCCUGCCCAACCAACAGAAGAUAGCACAAGUAAGGCAACUGCAAAUGAUGAAAAUAAUGUGAGAACUUCUAUUGCUUUGACAAGUAGACCAGUAAAUGAAACAAGUACUGAUCCUUCUCAAAAUGUAGGCAGUAUUUCAAAGCAGCCGCAAAUCACAACUAGUAGCGACACAGUGACUUCAUUUUAUAGAAAUAUUGACAAAACAACCUUAGUUCAUACAAAUAAUCCACUUACUGAUGAAGAAAGGGCAGGAAACCAGAAAGGAAAUACAGGGGAUUCAAGAAUAACUGUAGAAAACUCAACUAUUAUUAAAUGGACACCAUAUACAACACAAUCAAUGACAACAGAAGAAAUGGAUAAAAACACACCCUUAUUUGAGGAAGCAAAUAAGGAUGGAUUGCUUAUUUAUCCUACUGUUUCAUCACAGAAUAUGGAGAAUUUUACUUUGUUACCCACAGAGAUAAAAAUACAACAGACAACUGCUAGUACAGAAGGGAGCAUCAAUGAUGGCUUAACAACCACACAUUCUGAAAGUAAAAAUUCUUCAUUUUCCGCUGAAACCGUGUUCACAGACAUGUCAACAACUAUUUUAACAACACUGAGAAUGAGUCCAUCAAUGAGCCACCCUGAAACAUCAAAAAUAUCAAGAGGCAUAUCAACAACAGACUCAACAGUAACACGAGUUACAGAUAAUGUAUCUGGUUUUGUUUUGCCCAGUGAGCCUGAUGGAAACAAUCCACCGAUGGUUUCAAAGGAAUACACAGACAGAACUACUACAGUAGUACUCACAAGUGUAUCUAACUCCAUUGGCCAAAGUUCUGAUAAUAACUUAAGUGGGCACACAGAACAAUUAUACACAGCAUAUGCACUGAAUAUAACAUCUACUGAGAUAACACAAUCUGGACAGUCAAGUCCAACAAAUGAAGUGCCCAAGACAGCUGUGCAAGAGCCAACUCAAGUUCCUGCAGACAGCUCAGCUCUUGUAACAGUGGAAACCAGUCCAGACCAUUUAGUUGGGUCUAGCUUGCCAACAGUAGAUGCACCACAAUCUUUGAGUCCUGCUCAAGAAAAUAGCACACGCCAGUCACACAGUUCAACAAUGAAUAGAGGCUUAAAUGGAGAGCUGGCCUCCACUGUUGCAAAACAGCCUUCAGAGAUACAUACAGGAGACAUUGUGACACCAGGUUAUAUUGAUUAUAUCCAUUCUAAACUUCCAACACAAAGUAGCUCCAGCUCCAGUAAUUUAGAUAUAACAGAGCAAACAGCAAGUACAACAGAACACUCAUCUCAUACAUACAAGUCAACAACUGUAAAAGAAAAUGAGAGUAGACCAGCUGUCACACAAACACCACAAAAAGAUCAUUCAGAGAUUGCUGUGUCAGCCACUGACACUAGAACUGAAGUUAUUUACAGCACACAUUCUACACAGAGUACAGAACAAUCUACUCUGACUAAGGAAGCACCUUUAUCAACAGCUUUAAAUAAAGAUAUAGAUAAAGGAUAUACUAAUCUGUUAGAUACAAAGGGUAGUGAAGCCCCCACAGAAGCUUCUACUAUGAUCACUCAACAAUUAAAUACAAAUAAUAUCUUCAGUCCAACAGUAACAGUAAAUCUAGGACAUAAAACAUCAAUUAAUGAGGCUACAAGUGAGCAAGCUAUAGUAAACACCCCUGAAACAAAACAAAGUAUUACAGAUAUGCCAAAGACAGUUCCAAAUGAGAGAAACACUGAGGGUAUGGUUAGUGUCAAAACACCUAAUUCAGCAUUUGUGGAGCCCACACAAUGGCAGCAUACAGACCAAUCAUCAAAAGCUCCACAGCCUGUGGAAUUAAAUGAGGAACGUAUACACAGUUCUACUGGUGAUACCAUUGAAGAUCAUGCAGUAUCUGUUGAAGAUAUUGGUUCUGCUGCCUCACAUUCCACCUCAAGUGCCAAUGCUGUUACUUCAGAUACAAAUACUUUAGGUGCAAUCAUUUUAUCAACACUGUCUUCAGAUAAAACUACUCAAACUGAGAUGCAAAAGGCUAGCAUAACUAGAACGACACAGCUCCCUAUCGAUUUAGUUGGGUCUAGCUUGCCAACAGUAGAUGCACCACAAUCUUUGAGUCCUGCUCAAGAAAACAGCACACGCCAGUCACAAAGUUCAACAAUAACAAUGUACAGAGGCUUAAAUGGAGAGCUGGCCUCCACUGUUGCAAAACAGCCUUCAGAGAUACAUACAGGAGACACUGUGACACCAGGUUAUAUUGAUUAUAUCCAUUCUAAAGUUCCAACACAAAGUAGCUCCAGCUCCAAUAAUUUAGAUAUAACAGAGCAAACAGCAAGUACAACAGAACACUCAUCUAAUAUAUACAAGUCAACAACUGUAAAAGAAAAUGAGAGUAGACCAGCUGUCACACAAACACCACAAAAAGAUCAAUCAGAGAUUCCUGAGUCAGCCACUGACACUAGAACUGAAGUUAUUUACAGCACACAUUCUACACAGAGUACAGAACAAUCUACUCUGACUAAGGAAGCACAUUUAUCAACAGUUUUAAAUAAAGAUAUAGAUAAAGGAUAUACUAAUCUGUUAGAUACAAAGGGUAGUGAAGCCCCCACAGAUGCUUCUACUAUGAACACUCAACAAAUAAAUACAAAUAAUAUCUUAAGUCCAACAGUAACAGUAAAUCUAGGACAUAAAACAUCAAUAAAUGAGGCUACAAGUGAGCAAGCUAUAGUAAACACCCCUGAAACAAAACAAAGUCUUACAGAUAUGCCAAAGACAGUUCCAAAUGAGAGAAACACUGAGGGUAUGGUUAGUGUCAAAACACCAGAUUCAGCAUUUGUGGAGCCCACACAAUGGCAGCAUACAGACCAAUCAUCAAAAGCUCCACAGCCUGUGGAAUUAAAUGGUGAUACCAUUGCAGAUCAUGCAGUAUCUGUUAAAGAUAUUGGUUCUGCUGCCUCACACUCCACCUCAAGUGCCAAUACGGUUACUUCAAAAACAAAUACUUUAGGUGCAAUCAUUUUAUCAACACUGUCUUCAGAUAAAACUGAGAUGCAAAAGACAAGCAUAUCUGGAACGACACAACUCCCUAUAGACACUUCACUAUCAGUAACAGUGGGAUCAAAGACAGGAGACUUGUCUAGUCAUAAAAUAUUAGAUACAACCCCCAAUAUUCACACACUAAACCAACAUACAAGUGAUUCCAAAGUUGAUGUCUUUACAGAUCCCAACAUAGUAACUGAAGGAACAACAUCAACCGGUGGUCAGGAAAGCUCAAGCGCAAUAAAUAAAACCCCAGAUGUUAGGCCAAUGGUAACCAUAACUGAAGCCUCCCAGAUACCAGAAAUUACAACGACAGUGGAAAGUACAGCACCCUUAAGAGAAAAUACUUCUCCAGCUAUGACUUUAAAAAAAUGUAUGGUGACAACAGAAGAACAAAAAAUAGAUCAAUCCCCAGCAGCCUCUUUUCCUAGUGAAAUAUCUGAAAAACCAAGAUCUUCAGAAACAGAUGUACCUACUGAAAUUAUUAGUAUGGAACUUGCCACUAGAGAUACAAAUGAUCUAAAUACCAUAAGUGAUGUGGUUACUGAAGGAGCACUCACAAGUAAUUUCAGACUAACAAUGAGUGUACCUGAAAUCACAGAAAACCCUCCAGUGGUUGUAAAAACAGAAACAGGUACAAAAUCUAUAUCUGUUCUUUCUACAGCAAGUUUGAAACCCAUAGAUGCACAGAGUAUAGGUCAGGUAUCUGAAACUUCAUACCCUACUGAUUUCCCCCAAAAAAGCUUCACAGCAAUUGCAGGAGAUGGAAUCUCUGGCACUAGUCCCAUUAUUGUGACUGGACAAACCAAUAAAGAUAUUAAUAAACUAAGUGAAACAGUACCUAAUCUAGAGACCACCCAUGACCUUGUGGAACACUUUGAAACUGUAACAAAUGCAGAUAGAACACUGAAUAUAGGAAAAACUCCAGAUACCCCAGACGGGAAAAGCUUAAAUAGAUCAGCAAGUGAAGAACACUUGUCUACUAUAGCUGCCACUGGAAACAGUCUUACUUUUGGCAUAACAGCUUCUCAAAUGCCAAAUCUAGCAAAUGAGAAAGACUCAACAGUAGGAGUAAGUACAGAACAACCUAAGACAGAAAUAUGGACAACAAGUACAAGGCAUACAAUAAGUUCAACAGCACAAUUAUUACCCUACAAUUCAAGUGAUGCCAGCACAGAAACAAUGCUUGAUACUUUUAGAUCUAGUACUGCAUCUUUGGAACAAACCAGGGCUGUCACUGAAGAACUACAUGAAGGGCAAACAUCACCUGAGAAUGAGCUAACUACACAUAGCAGUGCAAGUUACACAGACCCCAUAAUUGGCACUUCAUUAUAUAAAGAAGUUGAACAAAAGGAACAUUUGGUUACAGAUAAAACAAAUUCUGAUGUAUCCUCAUCAGAUACAUCUUCACCAGCUUCUUCUACAACAGGAACACUUACAAACCAGUCAUCAUUUUUCACUGCACAUAUAAAUACAGAUCAGAAAAGUCCAGAAACAUCCACAAUAACUUCAAAAGAGCAUCACAUAAUAGCCAACAGUACUGUGAAACAUGUACCUACAAUACUAGAUAAAACUAGUGAAAAAUCUGUUCCUUUGACUACAGGUUUAGUUGAGACAACUAGAGGCAAUAUUAUGUCAUCUUUGUUCACGGAUGGCAAGGAAGGGAAAUCGGUAUCACCAACCAUAGGACCAAGCAAAGUAUACACUAGUUCUCUAAAGGCAGAUUUAGAGACAUCAACAGAAAACAUCAAAGAAAGCACAAUGCAUUCACUUAGUUCACCACAGUCCUCAGUGUCUACAGGGAAAUGGGAUGAGAAUGCUAGAGACACAACUGUAUAUACAACAAGCACUUCAAUAUUCUUUAAUGAGUUUACGACACUAGAACCAAAGAAAACGGAUGUAGUUACAAGUAAUGCAAGCACUGAAUCUUACCCUCCUAGUAAUAUGCAGAAAGAGAAAGAUCAUCCAUCCAACACUCCCAUUAUGACUGAUGUAAGCAGUGUCCCCAUAUCCACUUUACAUAAACAGUUAACUAAAUAUGAGUCUCCAGUAGCUGAGCCACCAGAGUUGAGUUCAAAGCAUGCUGGUGUUCCAGACAUUACAUUUGGACCAGGAGUACUUUUUACAAACAUUUCAGCUACAGAAGCCACAGAUUUAACUAGACUGAGCAGCCAUUAUACUAUUAAUACACCAGAAAGCACAACAGAAACAAUCCCAAAAUUAAGCAGUGGCACAACGGAAGUAAAUACUAGCCUUGAAGAUACAUUUUCAAAGAGUACCAAUAAUUUAUUUACACCUUCUUUUGGUUUUUCAGUGAACGCAGUGACCACUCUCCAGGAACAAAGCACACCAGAUAAUAAAACUAACGAUAAUAGUCAUACAACCAGUUCUGAAGGAUUGCAGACAUCUACCAGUUCCAUGCUAAAUUCCAGUACCUCUAUUGGCCAAACAAAUGAGCCAUCUUCUAGUAUAGUCAGAAAUAUGUAUGAUACCCCUAAUCAAACAAGUACUGUAGAAUAUAGCACACUUAAGCUAUCUGAAAAGAAAAAUGUUUCUUCUGGGCACAGCACAGUGUUUUUUACAACACAAACUAUUGUUUCAGUACCUACUAGCAAUGCAGUGGAAAGUAAAGAGAAUAGUACAAGUCCAGAAGGGACAUAUGGAUAUUCAUCUCCGACCCCAGGACAAAAAACGGAAGAUUUACCAACUUCUAAACCACAACUCACUUCAUCUGAUGUGAAUAUAUCAGGCAACAGAACAUUUGCAGAUAUUAAGGAGACAACAACUACCAGUUCAACCACACAACCAAUGGAAAGUGUUUCCACAACAACACAAGUAAAUGUUGCUUCUCUGCAAUCCACAGUUAAAUCAUCAGAAAAAGAAGACAAUACUACCAAAGAAGUAACUACUAAGCCAUUGCUAACAGAACAACAGACUAACAACCCUUCCGUUUCUUCUGGGCACAGCACAGUGUUUUUUACAACACAAACUAUUGUUUCAGUCCCUACUAGCAAUGCAGUGGAAAGUAAAGAGAAUAGUUCAAGUACAGAAGGGACACAUGGAUAUUCAUCUCUGACCCCAGGACAAAAAACGGAAGAUUUACCAACUUCUAAACCACAACUCACUUCAUCUGAUAAUACAUCUGGCAAUAGAACAUUUGUAGAUAUUAAGAAGACAACAACUACCAGUUCAACCACACAACCAAUGAAAAGUGUUUCCACAACAACACAAGAAAAUGUUGCUUCUCUGCAAUCCACAGUUAAAUCAUCAGAAAAAGAAGACAACACUACCAAAGAAGUAACUACUAAGCCAUUGCUAACAGAACAACAGACUAACAACCCUUCCAUUUCUUCUGGGCACAGCACAGUGUUUUUUACAACACAAACUAUUGUUUCAGUCCCUACUAGCAAUGCAGUGGAAAGUAAAGAGAAUAGUUCAAGUACAGAAGGGACACAUGGAUAUUCAUCUCCGACCCCAGGACAAAAAACUGAAGAUUUACCAACUUCUAAACCACAACUCACUUCAUCUGAUGUGAAUACAUCUGGCAACAGAACAUUUGUAGAUAUUAAAGAGACAACAACUACCAGUUCAACCACACAACCAAUAAAAAGUGUUUCCACAACAACACAAGUAAAUGUUGCUUCUCUGCAAUCCACAGUUAAAUCAUCAGAAAAAGAAGACAACACUACCAAAGAAGUAACUACUAAGCCAUUGCUAACAGAACAACAGACUAACAACCCUUCCGUUUCUUCUGGGCACAGCACAGUGUUUUUUACAACACAAACUAUUGUUUCAGUCCCUACUAGCAAUGCAGUGGAAAGUAAAGAGAAUAGUUCAAGUACAGAAGGGACACAUGGAUAUUCAUCUCCGACCCCAGGACAAAAAACGGAAGAUUUACCAACUUCUAAACCACAACUCACUUCAUCUGAUAAUACAUCUGGCAAUAGAACAUUUGUAGAUAUUAAGGAGACAACAACUACCAGUUCAACCACACAACCAAUGAAAAGUGUUUCCACAACAACACAAGUAAAUGUUGCUUCUCUGCAAUCCACAGUUAAAUCAUCAGAAAAAGAAGACAAUACUACCAAAGAAGGAACUACUAAGCCAUUGCUAACAGAACAACAGACUAACAACCCUUCAGUUUCUUCUGGGCACAGCACAGUGUUUUUUACAACACAAACUAUUGUUUCAGUCCCUACUAGCAAUGCAGUGGAAAGUAAAGAGAAUAGUUCAAGUACAGAAGGGACACAUGGAUAUUCAUCUCCGACCCCAGGACAAAAAACAGAAGAUUUACCAACUUCUAAACCACAACUCACUUCAUCUGAUGUGAAUACAUCUGGCAACAGAACAUUUGUAGAUAUUAAGGAGACAACAACUACCAGUUCAGACACACAACCAAUGAAAAGUGUUUCCACAACAACACAAGUAAAUGUUGCUUCUCUGCAAUCCACAGUUAAAUCAUCAGAAAAACAAGACAACACUACAAAAGGAGUAACUAAUAAGCCAUUGAUAAGAGAACAACAGACUAAAAACCCUUCAGUUUCUUCGUUUCCCAAAAGCACAGUGAAAUAUGAUGUGGAAAAGAGGCCUACUGUGCCAAAAAGUGAUAACAGGAACACUUCAAGUUCAAGGGUCAUCUCUGUAGAACAGAUGGAAAAUAAAUAUAACGCUAACCCUCCUCAUUCACUUGACCACUUUAGCAUCUGUGAGAUGCUUCUUGAUAAAGAGAACAAACUUGGAAUAUCAGAGAGUGACCUCCAGCUCAUAAGAAAAAUAUGUAUGGAGAUACAUUCCAACUUCACAAGUGUAAGUACCCCUUCUUCAGAAACAAAGCUGCCUUCUCAAAAUCCUAGUGAUAGUCCACCGAAACACUUCACAACCCAAUCCAGAGUGGAUCAACCAAAUGAAAAACUACUGCCCAAUAAAACAAUCAUUCAGAUUGUGGAGGAGAUCAGCAGGAAGCAUUUGCUAUUUCCAUCUCAUAAAACAAAUAAAUCAGCAGCCUGGAUAUUGCUGCUUAAGAAAAUCAGAAGUCCACAGGAUCCCCAGAUGAAUUUAUGCAAUGGGCAACCUGUGAAUGGAAUGACCACACUGCAAAAUGGCUCCAUGGUAGUUUUUAGAGGUCAUUAUUUCUGGACGCUGAACCAGGGAGGAGCUGUCAGACAAGCAAGGAAAAUCAGUGACGUGUGGGGCAUCCCUUCUCCUGUCGACACAGUAUUUACACGAUGCAACUGUGCUGGAAAAACAUUCUUUAUUAAGGGUCCACAGUAUUGGCGUUUCACCAAUGAUGUCAUGGACAAGGGAUAUCCUAAAGAAAUUUCCACAGGAUUUGGUGGUCUGAAAGGUAAAGUCACAGCAGUCCUAUCUGUGGCUGGAUUCAAAACAAGACCAGAGUCUGUUUACUUCUUCAAAGGAGGUGGAAACGUUCAGAAAUACACUUUCCGGCAAGAACAAUCCAAACGAUGCACGAAAAAAAGGCAGCCGACUGUACAAUACCCAAUCUACUCUCACAAUAUUCAAACCGUAAAGUACCGUUAUCCACGAGAUAUACAGAAACAGCAGAGAAACAUACAGAGAACCGUGAUAACCAUUAAGCAGGAGCCAUUAGGAAUUCUUCACCAAGAGAUUUCAGUUCGAUCAACUUGGAGGGGGAUCCCAAACAGCAUUGUAUCUGCAAUAUCUUUGCCAAAUUCCCACAAGCCGGAUGGGUUUGAUUAUUUUGUUUUUUCCAAAGAGAAAUAUUACAACAUAAACAUAACCAGUAAAGUUGCAGUGAAGCCGCCGCCCAACUCUGAACAGAAAAUAUCAAAGGACUGGUACAAAUGCAAAGAAUGA